UAUACUCCGGGCUUAGGGCCAGCACCAUUCACACUUUCCCCCUGCUCUGAAGCAGACGGACUGAGUUCCUCUAAUAUUUGUGCUCCUUCUCCCCCACUGCUCUAACACCCUUUUCUGAAGGAGAAACAGCUAUAGCACUGGGGAUAAUAUAGCUUUAAGGCAACUUUUGGCACAUGCAGAUAUCCUAACAUCUGGGCAGUGUUAACAGAAUCCCGGAGGCCCGGACAGACCAGGAGCCACUUGUUCUAGGAAUGUUAAAGUAGAAGUUUUUCCGACUGAUGAGAAGAGCAGAGAGGAAGGAGAAAGAAUAACCGAGCACAAACCCCCAUAAAACAGAUGCUGGAUUUUAGCCUCCCCUCACUUUUGAAAGCUCAUUGAUGGCUGAUUUCUGAAAGAUAUUUUCCUUUGCCCUGGUACUUCUGGCCACAUACUUCUAUUCUUGUCUCCCUAACCCACCUCCACCCCUUUCAAGGAUGGCUUGUCAACUAACUCAAAGAGGAGCUCUCUCUCUGCUGCUCUUCCUCACUCCAGCAGUGACACCAACAUGGUAUACAGGUUCAGGCUACUACCCUGAUGAAAGCCACAAUGAAGUCUAUGCUGAAGAGGUUCUGCGGGCCCCGGCCUUAGACUACCGAGUCCCCCGAUGGUGUUAUACAUUAAAUAUCCAGGAUGGAGAAGCCACAUGCUACUCACCGAGGGGAGGAAACUAUCACAGCAGCCUGGGCACUCGUUGUGAGCUCUCCUGUGACCGAGGCUUUCGACUGAUUGGUCGGAGGUCGGUGCAGUGUCUGCCGAGUCGCCGUUGGUCUGGAACUGCCUACUGUAGGCAGGUGAGAUGCCACGCACUGCCAUUCAUCACUAGUGGCACCUACACCUGCACAAAUGGGGUGCUUCUUGACUCCCGCUGUGACUACAGCUGUUCCAGUGGCUACCACCUGGAAGGUGACCGGAGCCGAAUCUGCAUGGAAGAUGGGCAGUGGAGUGGAGGCGAGCCUGUAUGUGUAGACAUAGAUCCCCCCAAGAUCCGCUGUCCCCACUCACGUGAGAAGAUGGCAGAGCCAGAGAAACUGACAGCUCGAGUAUACUGGGACCCACCCUUGGUGAAAGAUUCUGCUGAUGGUACCAUCACCAGGAUGACACUUCGGGGCCCUGAGCCUGGCUCUCACUUUCCUGAAGGAGAGCAUGUGAUUCGCUAUACUGCCUACGAUCGAGCCUACAACCGAGCCAGCUGCAAGUUCAUUGUGAAAGUACAAGUGAGACGCUGCCCCACUCUGAAGCCACCACAGCAUGGUUACCUCACCUGCACCUCAUCAGGGGACAACUAUGGUGCCACCUGUGAAUACCACUGCGAUGGGGGUUAUGAGCGCCAAGGGACCCCCUCCCGGGUCUGCCAGUCCAGCCGCCAGUGGUCAGGGUCACCACCCAUCUGUGCUCCCAUGAAGAUUAACGUCAAUGUCAACUCAGCUGCUGGUCUCCUGGACCAGUUCUAUGAGAAACAGCGACUCCUCAUCAUCUCAGCUCCUGAUCCCUCCAACCGAUAUUAUAAAAUGCAGAUCUCUAUGCUACAGCAAUCCAUCUGCGGACUGGACCUGCGGCACGUGACCAUCAUCGAGCUGGUGGGGCAGCCACCUCAGGAGGUGGGGCGCAUCCGGGAGCAACAGCUGUCAGCCAACAUCAUCGAGGAGCUCAGGCAAUUUCAGCACCUCACUCGCUCCUACUUCAACAUGGUGUUGAUUGACAAGCAGGGAAUUGACCGGGAACGUUACAUGGAACCUGUCACCCCUGAGGAAAUCUUGACGUUCAUUGAUGACUACCUACUGAGCAACCAGGAGCUGAUCCAGCGCCGGGAGCAGCGGGAUAUGUGCGAGUGAACUUGAGCCAGGACAUGGUUGAGGUCAAAGGAAAAGCUCCCUUGCUCAACUGAAACUGGAACCUAAUAAAAGGAGGAAAUGGUUUCCCACAGUUCUAGGGACAGGACUCUGAGGUGGGUGAGGCUCACCAGUUCUGGGACAUUUCUGGGCAUCUUUUUAGGGCCUUGUAAUAGUUUCCCUCAGCAAGUCUCUGCUUUAAGUAGCACUGGAGGAGCAGAAGCAGCUAGGUAGGGACAGAGGACAGGGCCUGGGCAGCUGAUUGUGGGUAGGUCUUCGUUUCCUAAUCUGGGCCACUACCCAGCUCUCCAAAGUCUUCAAGAGAAGUAAAUCCUACAUUCAUUCA